CCUCGGAGGGUGUCUUCCUCCGUGAAGUGCCAGCGCGACUUUGCAGGUGCACCGCUUGACAGUCUGGUCCCACAAGAGACUGUUCGGGCGCUGAAUAGCAGUUGAAGCGUCGGACACACACACCAUGUCGAGUGAGUGAGUCGGUUUGGUUUGGGAGCCACCGAGCCGAGAUAAGCUGCCGAGGCUUCAGCUAGCUGUCGCCCAAGACUGACCGCUCGUCUGUUUCAUGAACCCAACAUAUCUUCAAGUCUUCUCUGCUGGCGUCCAGCAAACCUCAAUUCUAGUCAUGUAUCUGGGCACUUCACCUCCAAGUUUCAAGGCCUUUUCGAGUCAGCGGUUACCUCCUGGUCUCAGUAAGUCCUGGACGAAGGGUCAGAGGUGGUCUACCUACCUGCGCUCCUCCCUCUGACCCGUGUGUCCCGCCCCUCCCCCCUCGUGUCCCCCACCCCUCUCUUAUCUGACGGCAUCAAGACCGCUUCCCAAAUCCAGCCUUCACCAUGAUGUGCGAGGUGAUGCCCACCAUCUCCGAGGACGGCCGCGGCGGAGGCCCCGGCUCGUCCUCUCCAGCCGGUCCCGGCACCGGAAUGGGCGGCGGAGUGAUGGGAGGAAUGGGCGGCUACGGAACCCGGGACCCCCGCGCCGGCGGAGGAGGAGUCGCCGGAGAUGAAGGUGGAAGCACGGGAAACCUGGAGUCUUUGAUGGUCAACAUGCUGACGGAGAGGGAGCGCCUGCUAGAGAGUCUGAGGGAGACUCAGGAGAGUCUGGGCACGGCUCACCUCCGCCUCCGGGAGCUGGGCCACGAGAAGGAGUCUCUGCAGAGACAGCUCUCCAUCGCCCUGCCGCAGGAGUUUGCGGUCCUGACCAAGGAGCUCAACCUCUGUCGUGAGCAGCUGCUGGAGCGCGAGGAGGAGAUCGCCGAGCUGAAGGCCGAGCGGAACAACACUCGGCUGCUGCUGGAACAUCUGGAGUGCCUGGUGUCCCGACACGAGCGCAGCCUCAGGAUGACGGUGGUCAAGCGGCAGGCCCAGUCCCCGGCCGGGGUCUCCAGCGAGGUGGAGGUCCUCAAAGCCCUCAAGUCCCUGUUUGAGCACCACAAAGCUCUGGACGAGAAGGUCCGGGAGAGACUGCGGGUGGCGCUGGAGCGGGUGGCGGUUCUGGAGGAAGAGCUGCAGUCCUCCUCUCAGGAGGUUGUGUCCUUGAGGGAUCAGAUCAAAAGGCGGCAGCAGGGACUGGACUCCGGCAAAGAGCGACUCCCAAACGGACCGUCCUCCAUCUUGGACGAUGGCGAAAUCGACCGGCAGAGAGAGGGAGAGAUCGAGCGCCAGCGGUCUGAGCUGGGUCAGCUGAAGGAGAGACUGGCCCUCAUGUGCAGACAGGUCGGAGAGAUCGAGGAACAGCUGACGUCGGCUCGCAGGGAACUGGCCCGUUCAGAGGAGGCCAACCAGAAGCUGCAGAGAGACGUGAAAGAGGCGCUCUGUCAGCGGGAGGACAUGGAGGAGCGGAUCACCACGCUGGAGCGCAGGUACCUGAGCGCCCAGAGGGAGGCGACGUCUCUCCACGACAUCAAGGACAAGCUGGAGAACGAGUUGGCCAGCAAAGACUCACUCUACAGACAGAGCGAGGAGAAGAAUCGGCAGCUGCAGGAGCGUCUGGACGACGCCAAGCAGAAGCUGCAGCAGACUCUGCAGCGAGCGGAGACGCUGCCGGAGAUCGAAGCUCAGCUCGCACAGAGAGUGGCGGCGCUCAACAAGGCUGAGGAGCGUCACGGGAACUUCGAGGAGCGACUGCGCCAGAUGGAGGCGCAGCUGGAGGAGAAGAACCAAGAGCUGCAGAGGGCGAGGCAGAGGGAGAGGAUGAACGAUGAGCACAACAAGCGUCUCUCUGACACGGUGGACAAACUGCUGUCCGAGUCCAACGAACGGCUGCAGCUCCACCUAAAGGAGAGGAUGGCUGCGCUGGAGGAGAAGAACGCUCUCUCAGAAGAGCUGUCCAACAUGAAGAAGCUGCAGGACGACCUACUGACCAACAAGGACCAGCUGAUCGCGGAGCUUGAGCGGCUUCAGCUGGAACUGGACCAGCUCCGAGCCAGGCCCGGCAGAUCCUACUCCAGCCGCUCGCUGCCGGGAAGCGCUCUGGAGUUGAGAUAUUCCCACGGAGGCGGGUCCCUCCCAACGGGCUCCACCACUCACCUGGACCCCUUUGGUACCGGCUCCUCCGGGGGCGUGGUGAGGCGGAGUCACCGAGCUCGCUGGAGCUCGGCCCGCGAGGAUUCCAGCAAGUAUCCAGACUGGGAAAGCGGGGCUCUGUUAGGGACCGGGUUCGAGCCUAGCAUGGACGUGGGUUGCUCUGACGACGAGGACGAUGGUGACCACCGCUUCGGCUCGGAGCUGCUCUCGCCAAGCGGACAGACAGACGUACAGACCCUGGCCAUUAUGCUGCAGGAACAGCUUGAGGCCAUCAACAAGGAGAUCAAGCUGAUCCAGGAGGAGAAGGAGAACACGGAGCUGCGGGCGGAGGAGAUCGAGAGUCGGGUCAGUAGCAUCGCCUUGGACAGUCCGCCCAUCCCACCGUCCUCAUUAGGGAGGGACAAUACCGGACGGAGCUACAUGACCUCUUCCAUCACCUCCUCCACCCUGGCCUCCCCGUCACCCCCGAGCUCUGGACACUCCACGCCACGCCUGCCUCAUUCUCCUGCCCGGGAGAACGACCGACAGAACCAAGGUGACGAGCGCUCCCUAGCUCUCUUGGACGCCACGCCUCCCCCGACGCCACGAGCUCUGCGACUGGACCGAAUGGCCCUGACUCACCCCGGGGCAAUGCUGGACGACCCCCGGGAGUUCCGCAGUCUCUCUGCAGACGGUAGCAGCACCAACAGCAGCCAGGACUCUCUCCACAAGUCCAGCAAGAAGAAAAGCAUCAAGUCUUCCAUCGGACGGCUGUUUGGGAAGAAAGAGAAGGGCCGCAUGGGGCAGCCCGGACGCGACGGGUCUACCUCGCUCGCGUCCACGCCCUCUGAAGACCUGGCCUCGGGUGACUCCAUGGGAAUAAACAAGACAGGAACUUUAGGUCCGGCAGACAAAGACCGCCGCAGCAAGAAGAAACACGAACUCCUGGAAGAAGCCUGUCGCCAAGGUCUCCCCUUCGCCUCCUGGGACGGACCCACUGUGGUCUCCUGGCUGGAGCUGUGGGUGGGGAUGCCGGCCUGGUACGUCGCUGCCUGUCGUGCCAAUGUGAAGAGCGGCGCCAUCAUGGCCAACCUGUCCGACACCGAGAUCCAGAGGGAGAUCGGCAUCAGCAAUCCGCUGCACCGCCUGAAGCUACGGCUGGCCAUCCAGGAGAUGGUGUCCCUCACCAGCCCGUCAGCCCCGGCCAGCACCCGCUCCUCCACCAGUAAUGUGUGGAUGACCCACGCUGAGAUGGAGUCCUUAAACGCCGCCAACAAACCUCCGGAGCUGAAGGAGUUCAGCUGGGAUCAGAUUCUGGCCUACGGUGACAUGAAUCACGAGUGGGUGGGCAACGACUGGCUGCCCAGUCUCGGUCUGCCGCAGUACCGCAGCUACUUCAUGGAGUCGCUGGUGGAUGCUCGCAUGCUGGACCACCUGACCAAGAAGGAGUUGCGAGGACAGCUUAAAAUGGUUGACAGCUUCCACAGGGUCAGCAUGCAUUACGGCAUCAUGUGCCUGAAGCGCCUGAAUUAUGACCGCAAGGAGCUGGAGCGCAGGAGGGAGGAGAGCGUGCACCAGAACAAAGCAGAUGUGAUGGUGUGGUCGAACGAGCGCGUCAUGUGUUGGGUCCAGUCCAUCGGGCUGAAGGAGUACGCCGACAACCUCCGAGAGAGCGGCGUCCACGGAGCUCUGCUGGCACUGGAUGACACGUUCGACUACACUGACCUGGCGCUCCUGCUGCAGGUCCCCAACCAGAACACGCAGGCUCGGCAGCAGCUGGAGCAAGAGUACAACUCCCUCAUCUCCAUGGGAACCGAACGACGACCAGACGAGGAUGGAACCAAGACCUUCACCCGCUCACCUUCCUGGAGGAAGAUGUUUCGGGAGAAAGACCUCCGGGGCGUGACCUCCGACUCUGCCGAGACCCUGCCUGCUAACUUCCGUGCCUCAGCCAUCUCCACUCCCUCCGUUACCCUGAGAAAAGUUCAGAGCGAAGCCACCUCUGGAGCCCGCGGUGAAUCUGCCUCCGUGAGGACGUACUCCUGUUGAGGAGCGGCGCUGACGGACCGGAGCGGGACCACAACUCUCAGCCACAGAGGAAAACAGACUCACACCCACAAUUGAAUCCAACCGGUCUGCAAUAACCAGAAGACUGAAGAAUGUAGGAAAGAGGUUGAGGUCAGCCGUUUUCUCGCUCUGUCUCUCUGAGGUGAGGUUACUCCAGGUCAACGUCCCCGGCACGGGAUCGCCACGUCGACAGCAAUACUCCCAACGCUGACUCUGACUAGGCAAUAUUCCGGUCACUCACCUGUGCGCGUUAGCAAUAAUCCUCGUGAAAACACAAACUUGUGUGAAGCUUCGACUGUUCCGCGUCACGUGAUGCACAGAUGGACCGAGGAUUGACCCCUGAGGAGCACCACAGGGACAGUUGGUAGAGAGAUGGCAAUUACAGGAAACAAACUGGUAAAUAUUUAUGUAUUUCUGUUCAUAAUAUUCUUCAUUUUAAUCUCAACAUCAGAAUACUUAUUUUAAAUUUUUGCAAAAACAGAUAUUUAUUGAUUUAUAUCUUAUUUAUCCUGAAGAAUUUUGCUUUAAUAACGCUGGUAAUAAGUUCAGGACUAAAUGAACUGAGCUGUAUAUGGGUCAACGUUCAGAAAAUGGCGUCUUGCUCGAUGUUUUCUCUUAAGACGACUCAUUUUCCUCGUCUUUCACGUUCCAGCGCCUGAAAGCUGAUGACACAGAAGUCACAGUUGUAGAGAUGAAAGUCGUGGUGCCACUUCACGACGAAAGAUGCCGUUCACAGAAGGUCAGGAAUGACUAUUCUUCAAGCACAUUAGUCAAGAUGAGCUCUUCUUCUGAAACUGUAAAAACGGUAUUUCCAUCACUGAUCUCAAAUAACAAUAUAAACAAUUGGGGUCCAUGGGAUUAGAUUUACUCGAGCAUCUGUGUGUCCACGCUAUUUCAAAGGACCCUCCAUGCAAAGUCUGUCGGUCGCAUGUCCUCGCCCUCAGGCUCGUGUCAGGUAGCCAAAGUAGUGACUUGGUUGUCGUGCGAGCUCGGCAGGGCUUUUCUGAGUGAGAGUCCUCAGCGCUUGACGCGGCGCUGCCUCGCUCUGCACUCUACCUCCAGCACCGUCCAUAUGAGACCCCUGCAACGACACAUGACAGGUGCCCGUACUUGGAUUCCAACCCACAACAAUGCAUGAGAUGAAAAAGGCGGUGCCCUCCAGCUCAUAAAAAAAGAGCAAAUCCAAACUGAACUGAGCUCAAGCUUUGGCGCGAUCCGCGAAACCAGUGGCCAAUUCCGUGCCUACGGUGGCCGGAAGGUCCAAACACAUGAAAGAGUCCGAGUGAAGAACUGUUGCUGCUGAAGACCUGUAAUCAUCAUCGAGGAGAGACAGAGAGACAGAACCAGAACCUGGACAUUUCACUGCUCACACAAGCCAUACCUGAACCCGGAGCUCUGUGGGGGGGGUGCGAGACCCGCUGGGACGUCCAGGAAACAAAACCUUUAGUGUUUACGAUGCAUGUCCAACAAACGACCUAAUCUCCUUUGGUGGUGAAGCUAUGAGGUGUCGUUUGAAAAUAUCUAUCUGUAUGAUAAACGAGGACGGGGCGGGAGGGGUGGGGACAGCCUGGGGGAUCAAUUUGUAUAACGUGUGUAUUUUUUUCAGUUUUUUAUUUUCUACGAUGAAUAUUUUCUUUAGGUCUGUAUUGGAUAAUCGUACGUACACGUCCUGGUCCUUCUUGAUUCGUUCGACAAGUGCGACUUCUGUGUGUGAACAUUCGAAAAACCUCUCGACAGAUUUCCAUCUUUAAAGUGAAAAUAUCAUACAGAGAUUAACAAUAACAAUUAUUGACAAUGGUGAUGUAAACGGAAAAAAGAAAUAAAGCGGUCCAGCUGCUGACUGUCGCACUCCUUCGGCCUCUUCUGUCGGCCGAUGCUCGAUCGCUGCUCGUCGCUGUUUCUGUAAAUGAUUUUGCUCGUUUUGAGUUGAGAAGUGAACGCAACAACAUAGCAACUAGCACCUUGGUGAAUGGACAACUACAACCUACUUGUAGUGUUCAGGGGAAAAUCACUGGACACAACAAAUCGGAAGACAACACAUUGCACACGAGUAGGGCUGCAACCACUGGUCAACAGAGUCGACUGUAAACAGCCAUUACUAGUCAUGAUGCCAUCAUUCUCUUCCACCGUAAGAAGAGAAAAGCCUGAGGCUCUGGGACCACUGUGAUCCAAAACAAUGUUAACAAAGGACACGUCAAAGGACUCAUGCCUUUCAUGACACAUUGGAGCAAUUCAAAUUCAACUAUGAAGUUCCAAAAAAGAUUUAACACUACACAGGUCAACACAACAUUUUACAUACAUUUUUUUAUUAGAUCAUAUGAGAUUUGUCCCACAGUGCAGUACUUCAUUUAUAUUUCACUGUAUUUGCAACACUGCGACCAGCCACGUGGGCGUGUUCGUCCACCCGUGCACUUCGUACAGCAACUCGUCGACUAACUGUCAUCACCGGCGGUGACUAGUCGACGACCAAAAUAAUCGCUAGCUGCAGCCGUACUCAGUAAACACAACAACAGGUCAGUUAACACAAGAGCAACGCAGCGAUCAGAAACGGCAAUCACUUAACACAAAAGAAAACCACUCAGUAGUAAUGGACGCACACAAAGUCUGUGCAGGAUAAACUACUAAACAGUGACUCGAAAACAAAGCAAGAAAACUGAAGGGUGAACUGAAACCAGUGAGCGCAACAGCAAGUUUGUAAAAGCCAAAAUGCUCGACAAUAUGAACCAAUAUGCCACAAUAGAACAAGCUCAACCUCCUCAAACAACAAAUAGCCCACCGCACAACACACAAACAGACAGAUACACAAGCUGUUCCUGUAUAACUGCACAAUAAAAAACUAUGAGGUAGCAUCACACCAAGACUGCAGUUUGGUGUUCAGUGUUGUGUAGGCGUCACAAAUCACCAGCUGAAAAAGUGCCGAGUACAAAGACGUUUAUUACCGGUUUGGCGUUUACAGACCUCAUGCUUUCAUGAACAGUAACGACAUCAUCAUCGUCAUCAUCAGCUGCUGCUGCUGCGUUUGUGAGGGAACAGUGUGCAGCAUUAACGAGGAGCCUCAGCUGGGGGCGCCGCGUCCUCUCAGACCUGCGGCAGGCUGGAAUUAUCAUCAGACACUGGAGACAGCUUCCAGCCACGUGUCUAUAAAUACACACAGAUAUACAUAGCUGCAUACAUGAACGUAUACUGGUGUCACAUUUAUAUCACAGAAUAUAUUAAUAUCAUACAUGCUUACGUACUAGUCAAAUAACUUAUGAGUAGAAAACCUUUGAAAAAUCUAGAUAUGAAAUCGUCCCUAAGAUCUGGAGUUGAGGUCUUGGUGUUUUAUUAAGAGAAAUAGCAUUGCUUAGCCCCUCCCCCUCCUGGUCAAGACCUCCCUCGCCGGCGUGCGAUUGGCUCUGGACAGCAGCACGCAAACACAGGACGAGUCGAUGCGGAUCCACCGCCAGCCGACCCGGUUGUUGGCGUCUUUGGUCAGCGCUCUGACAAACGAGUGCUU